GAAAGCGGAUUUCGCCCAGAGCCACUUCCGUUACUAUUGCCUCAUAGGCAACCUUCCUCGCCUGCUCAGAAAGAAGCUCGUAGAGCAGAACCACUUAAUUCCAAGCAUUGGCUAACCACAACUGAGCCGGUUUACAUAACUACCAUUCCGGUUCCUUCUCACGGGAGGCAUCCCGGCUACGAAUAUACAUGCUUUUGGUAUGCAGCCAGCCUCCCGCCUGAUGCAGUCCGGGAAACAGAUACCGGCAUGGAAGACGAGAAAAACUAUAUAGGCAAACUACUGCAUGUUAACGAGGCUCUUCAGCUUCUUCGUGAUUCGGAGGCCUACGUGUUGUGGUUCACCUAUAAGACAUGGGAACAAACAUGCCAAACCCUCGAAGAAGACGAGAAAGAAGCUCAGCCUACACCAAGAGGUGCCAAAGAAGGGCAAACAGGCAGUCUAAGCACAUCCUCAGACCUCAUGUCGUCGAUGGUUUAG